GACAACGCUACCCAGUUGGAAUAAGUAGGGAGAUACCAAGAGCCACAGUCCAGACUCCGGAUAAACAGUUGCAGGGGAGAGAAAAACACAAGCCAAAGAAAGGGUCAUGGCAGAGACAGCCAGUAGCUCCAAAAUCAAAACAUCAAGGUGGUCUCUCAAUGGAAUGACUGCCCUUGUCACUGGUGGUACUCGAGGAAUUGGGCAUGCAAUAGUGAAUGAACUGGCAGGGCUUGGGGCUGCUGUUUACACGUGUUCAAGAAAUGAAGCUGAACUAAAUAAGUGUUUGAAGGAAUGGGAAGGUAAAGGAUUUCUGGUUAGUGGGUCAGUUUGCGAUGCUUCCAGUAAAGACCAGAGACAGAAGCUGAUGGAGAAUGUUGCUUCUCUUUUCAAUGGAAGGCUUAACAUUCUUGUAAGUGUCUUUGCCAUCUCAUUUUCUGCAUAA